AUGUUCUUUAAAUCUAAAUUUGAUCCCGAUACGUUCGAGAAAGAGCUCCGGAAAUUAUCGGUGGAAAUCACUAGAAAUGAGCGACAGUUACGGGUGUGGAAAACGAAGAAGAGCCAGUAUAUGAGGCAGUUGCCUAUAUAUCUGAUUUCCGGCUAUGUGAUAUACUUGGGAUACAUUUAUAUGAGGAAUCGGUACAAGAACUUAAAGGUAGUGAGCUUUGCCAUGGCCAUUGCUAUGGCAAUUGGUUGUUUCAUCUAUAUGGAAAGGCAUUUGCUUGAUUAUAUAAUCAGUGCUAAAGAGCGUCAUAUUGAGGGAUUGAAAGAGAGGCACAGUGAAAAGUUGGCGUUGUUAAAGGAAAAGACAAACUUCAACCGGACGAAGGAUAUGUUGGUGAGAUACUCGAACGGCGAUGACAUUGAAGAGUUAGAGAAAGAGGUGAAACAGAAUGAGUUGAAAAGACAGGAAUAUUUGAAGAAGAUAGAAAAUGAUCCUAAUCGUGAUUCUAGUCACGUGUACGGAGGAUUAAUGGAUUUAAUGAUGGGGCAAGAUGAGAUGAGUUCGGACAGAAGGUAUGCAUUGAUUUGCGAGAAGUGUCUGCAGCAUAAUGGACUAGCGCCACCUGGAGAGGUAAAUGUGAAGUAUAUAUGUCCUAGAUGUGGAUGGCUGAAUGGAUCCGAGGUGAAGGAUGUGACUGCAACGAAGUCGCCGGCAGAAAUAGAAGAGCCAUUAGACAAUCACUUACCUGAAUUGGGAAUAGUUCAGGACGGCGCAAGUACAAAUUCUACCGAUUAG